AUGCAUUUCUAUCUAAGCUUAAUAUGUGCAUUGAUCGAUGCUGUAGCCUCCCAAUUGAAAACCACAGGCAGCUUUUACAAGGCUGUAGGGCCGAGCAAAGGAAUAGAAGUCGACAGUGGCAGCUUACUUCUUGACGAGGCCUUUUUCAAGUGCGAUGGCAGUGAUAGCUGCAAAACUGUUUUCAAAGCUAAGGAAAGUGACAAACUCAAAUCAGCUGAUUAUAAACUGGAAGAAGCUCAACGCAGAGUCGAUGCUACACUCGAUUUCAACCGAACUAUUACCGAUUACAAGAAAGGCUUUGGUGACCUCAACGGAAAUUUCUGGCUUGGUUUAGACCAACUUCAUUCACUGGCACCACGUGGCUCCAAAACUACUUUGAGAAUAAAAAUAAAACAUUCCAGCAGAGACACAUUUUUUGAUGCCUACUAUCAAGAUUUCAGCAUUACUGGCGAGGACGAUAAGUAUCGUUUGGCCAUUGGUGCUUAUCAUGGAAAUGCUGGCGACUCUCUGCGUUUCCAUAAUGGGCAGGCAUUCUCUACGUACAAGAAAACUGAAUUCGGGGAACUAAUAGGUGGAUGGUGGGACUUUGGUAGUGCUAACUUAAAUGCACUUUAUCCUGCAAAAGGAUAUAGCUCAAGGUUCAUGACCUGGUACGAUUUGGUUGAUGAUUUUGGUGGAAUAACGUACUCUGAAAUGAUGCUAACACAAGACUGA